AUGUCUGCAUUGAAACGGAUCAACAAAGAAGUGCAUGAAUUACGGACAGAUCCCCCGCCCGGAUGUACGGCCGGACCCCUCACUCCCAACACCGAUCCCUUCUUAUGGGAGGCCACUAUCGCAGGUCCACCGGACAGUCCAUACGAGAGCGGCGUCUUUAAGCUGUCCAUACAGUUCCCGCGGGAGUACCCCUUCAAACCACCGCACGUUUCCAUGACUACCCGUGUAUAUCACCCAAACAUCUUAUCCAAUGGUAUAUGUUUGGACACACUUAAGACACAAUGGAGUUCCGCCCUAACCAUCGCCAAACCCAACCCGGACGACCCCCUGGCCCCAAAUGUAGCCCAUGUAUACCGGACCGACCCUUUGAAGUUCAACAGGACAGCCAAACAGUAUACACAACAAUAUGCCAAACCCCCUGUCCCCGCAAAUCAAGGCAUUGAGAGUGCUGGUAGUGGUGGCACAGUUAUGUGA